CCUCAAAGUACUCGAUGUAUAGUUAAAAAAUGGGAGGGCACACUUGAACCGAGCUGCUCUAUGAAGGUAGGCUGCAGCGUGUGUUUAUUGAUGAGAUGAAAAGAAGAUGGAAGUGAGAAAUGAAACAAAGUAAAGGAACAUAUUAAAAAAAAAAAAAAAAAACUAUCCGCGCUUCGUCGGGGGAAAACAGGGGGAGCCGUGGAAACACUGUCGCCACUUUUUGAAAGAGCUUCGAAGUGCAGAGCAACACAUGAUUUGGACAGAGAGGACUGACAGCCUUGCCUAGCACCCGGGCCUCUGAUCAGCCAUCUCCACCAGCAAACUGAAGCUUGAGCCGCACUUCAUCACCAGCCACACAAACACCUUCGGAACAAAACGUCAUCUAACUGUGACAUCAGUUGCAAGGGGAUGACCGAGCGCAUUCAUAACAUCAAUCUCCACAACUUCAGCAAUUCUGUACUUGAGACCCUCAAUGAGCAGCGCAACCGUGGGCACUUCUGUGACGUGACUGUUCGGAUCCAUGGAAGUAUGCUGCGAGCUCACCGCUGCGUGCUGGCUGCUGGAAGCCCCUUCUUUCAGGACAAGCUGCUGUUGGGCUACAGCGACAUUGAGAUCCCCUCGGUGGUCUCGGUGCAAUCCAUCCAAAAGCUGAUUGACUUUAUGUACAGCGGGAUUCUGCGGGUAUCUCAGUCAGAGGCCCUGCAAAUCCUGACUGCUGCCAGCAUCCUCCAGAUCAAGACCGUCAUAGAUGAGUGCACCCGCAUCGUGUCCCAGAAUGUGGGCCUGGCCGGGCCGGGGGGCUUCCCCGUCAUACCGGGAGACUCGGGUCAGGAUACGCCCCGCGGCACGCCGGAGUCCGGCACGUCCGGGCCCAGCAGCGACGCAGAGUCAGGUUAUAUGCAAGCAACAUCUCAAAGCAUUGACCGUGCAUACACAUCAUCACUGUACCCCUACCCCGGCCUCACUCUGCAGAACGGCACCCGCGAGCGCUCCCUGUACAUUACCCCCAUGUCGACAAACUACGAUCCGACUCUAAGCACUCAGGAGGUCCAGCAAUCUCAAGAUCCGCCGUGGAUGAACCGCAUCCAGGAGAGGUCUCAGCAGGUUGACCGCUUCAUCUCCACGGCGGAGUCCACCCACUGCCGCAAGCAGCCCCGGCCGGUACGCAUCCACACGGGGGGGAUGCACAUAAAGCAGGAGGCCGAAGACGAGCACAGCUGCUACGACAACCUGGGGGACUGCCAAGACGACACCGACCACACCGAGGGUGUGGAGAGUGAGUCCAAGGUUGAGAGCUUCGACUCAGGGGUGAGCUCCUCCAUCAGCACCGAGCCAGACGCCACGGAGCAGCAGCAGUACCUGACGGGCUUCGGCCGCGACGGCGACGGCCAUCAGCAGGGCGAAGGAGGCCCGGUGCAUAUAGAGGUCAACGACUCGUCCCCAGAGCAAGUGGAAGACCCAGACGACGGGGACACAUCCCACAGCACUAGUGACAGUAGCAUGAUGCAGCCCCUGCCAAACUCGGUCAUGUCCCACUCCCUGUCAAACGCCCCGCACUACAUGCGCCAGGCAGAAUCACUCACCAGCAAUCUGAGGAUCAAUUCCCAAUUCCUGCCCACGCUCUUUCACCCGCCGACGAACAGAGACACCAAGCCUUUCCCUUACCUUCCUGUCCAGCAGCAACCCCAGUUCGUGGCCGUGCCCAACGCUGCCAUGGCGUCGUUCCCGAACUCCAUGUCGGUGCAGCAAACGGCAUCGCAGCAGCAACAGCAGCAGCUCGUUGGAGGCAUCGGUCCGGGGGAGAAGAAGCCCUAUGAAUGCACUCUCUGCAGUAAAACCUUUACUGCGAAACAGAACUACGUCAAACAUAUGUUUGUCCACACCGGUGAGAAGCCUCAUCAGUGCAGCAUCUGCUGGCGCUCAUUCUCCCUGAAGGAUUACUUAAUCAAACACAUGGUGACACACACAGGGGUGCGCGCCUACCAGUGCAGCAUCUGCAACAAGCGCUUCACCCAGAAGAGCUCUCUCAACGUCCACAUGCGGCUGCACCGUGGAGAGAAGUCCUACGAGUGCUACAUCUGCAAGAAGAAGUUCUCGCACAAGACCCUGCUGGAGAGGCACAUGGCCCUGCACAGCACAGGCAGCGCCAUCACGGGGCUGUCGGGGAGCGCGGGCACCCCGGGCCCGGUCUCCAUUCCCAUGCCCAUGGCCGUCCCCGAGCCCGGCGCCGGAGUGGUGGCCCUCGCCAUGCCGGCGAGCGGAGGUGCUGGCGUAGGGGCCGGGGUUGGAACAGGAGUGGGCGUAGCUGCAGAGGCGAGCUGCCAAGAAGGGACCACCUACGUGUGCUCCGUCUGCCCUGCCAAGUUCGACCAAAUGGAGCACUUCAAUGACCACAUGCGAAUGCAUGUCUCCGAUGGAUAAGUACUAAUAGAUAAACUUCUUUCAAAAAGAAUGACAAAUAAAAUGGCACUAGAUUUUCCUUUUCUUAUUUUGAGGUAUGAAGAGUAAUGAGUAUAGACACUGGCACAUUAAUUUUCCCAAAAAAAAAAAAAGAUUAUGAUUUUUUCUUUUUCUUUUCUGUUAUUCUAAAAGAAAAAAAAGAUGGUGGCCUUAAGGCUUAGUAGUUUGAUAUUGAUCUACUGGAUGGAUCCUAACUACAGGCCUCUAAAUGUAUGCUUUCCUAAAAUAAUGAUUUAUGUGUUGAACACUACCGAAAGGCCUACGAAAGAAACACAUACACACAAACACACCUUUAGUGUAGAAAUGUCUGAAUGAAUAUACAUGUGCAUAUAUGUUUGAGCGUCUGUGUAUUUGCAUAUGUCUGUCUUUUUAGUCCGUGUGUGCGCGUGCGCGAGAGUGUGUGUGUGUGUGUGUGUAUGUGUGUGUACAAUGCCGUGAAACAUUAAUCAUGGCAGUUGUGAACCCAUACUGACCAGUUUGGAAACUAUAGAUGUCCAAGCUUACUGUGGUAUAAUUUACAACAACAAUAACAAAAAAAAAAUCAACUAGGGUUGGGCUAAAUAUUCCCUCUAAAAAAAUACUGAUGGUCACAAGAUUGCCUUCUAAUGUAAAAUAAAAAAAGGAGAGUAGUUAAUUUGACACUGGGUUUUAUUUAUUCCUAUGGUAUUAAGGGAUUAUAAUGCAGCUGUUGUCAAGGUACCAAUUUCAAUCAUUUUACUGAAAUGUAACUUCCUGUCGGUUGUGACAGGGAUUAAUAUUUCUCACAUGUUUUGUAAUUGCUGUCCAUGCAUUUUUGAUGGUUAAGAUUACGUUUACUAAAUUAGGGUGUGUUGACGAGACAACAUUUGAGCAAAAAUAUGUUUCUUUUUUUCCUGAAGUUUGGAGUUUAAGUCAUUUGCAUACACUGCCACUAUAAUAUCCUAAAAGACUGUUAAGGCUACUAGACCUCUUCCAUUUAAAAACAUGAGAAAGAAAAAAAGAAAAAAUUCUUUUGCUGAUGUUUUUUUUGUUUUAGCCUUUCACAUUCACAGUUAUGGCAGGCUGGCACACGUGACUAAACUCUCUUCUUCAUAAUUGCUGCUCCUCAACUUGCACCUGACUGUAAUGGGAUGUAGAAUGAAAUUGUCACUGUAAUUAUUGUUAUGGAUCAGCCUUUAACGGUUGCAAUUUGAUAAUCAGAUUAUAACAUUUGGGAGGUCCAGGCUUGUCGUUAUCGUCGAUGACCCUAACAGUGUUAGCGAGGGAGGGGUUUCAUUUUGAAUCAGUCAGACCCCUGUGUAACGACGCAUCCAUUACUAUCGCAUCGCUAUUUCAGCUGGUUGGGGCUAAUCGCAUGACUCUUCGUGCGUUUGCUCCUCUCGGCAGCUCAAAUGGCGCUAUGGCAAACGUUAUAAAAUGAGACGCAGUCUCGGCGCGUUUUUUUUCGUGAUAUACCACAAGUUGCAGAUGGACUUUCUGGACAAUAGUAAACAUUCCUGAUUUUUCUAAACUCUUGGACACAGCAUGUAGAGAAUAGAUUUGGAAGCUAGUGUGCAAAAGUUUUCCAUCCACGCAUCACAUCACGUAAGGCUAAUUUCUAAUAUUUGAAUCGUUUUCUAUUGCUUUUUAUUCGAAAUAGGACACACACACACACACACACACACACACACACAUGCAACUGCCUGCAACUACAAUCUGGAGGAUUCGCUCAUUUAUGUGAGCAAACACUUUCGUAGUUGUACUGUUUAAAGAAUAACAAACUGCAUACAGCGGUCUUAAAAAGACCUGCUGUAGAUUUUAAAAAAACAAAGUGCUACUUUGCACAUUUUCUUAAAAUGCCUGUGCUUAAUAUUUAAUCAUUUUCCUUAAAUGAACUUCUAUGAUUUUCUUUUAUUCAAUUUAAAAAGGAAACCUUUUUUUUGUUAAUCUUGAUAAGUGGACUGCAUUAUUUUCUUGCAUAUAUGUUGCACUGCUUAAACCAAUAAGUGCACUACUGUUAACAGAGAUACUAUAGUUUUAGAAAAGAGGAUUCUUUUUUUUAAUCUAACAUUUGGUUGUAGAGUUCACAUGUAAGAAUAGCUUUGUUUCAAUUUAUUCAUUAAGUAAUUCAGUGGUUCUUGGCUUUUGUUAUGGCUUGCAGUUACCUACAGUAUAUCCAUGUGCCGUGUUAAUGCAAGCAUUUAUUUUUAUUUAAAUAUGUACCAUAAUGUGUGCUCAUCUACGUUUUAACCUUUUGAAUUCAUUCUUUUAUGGAGUCAGCUCCCUGUGACAGUUAAUCAAUCGCAUUUCUUUAGAAACAGACACAAUUUUUCCUCCAAGAACAUCCAAGCCAAACGACAUGAACAGUGAAACAGUAAUAAUACACGACUCCCGUCCAACUCCGUUGGCGGAGGUAAUGAUAAUAAUAGCUAUUCUUGUAUUAUUAAUAGUAAUACAUUUAAAAUGUAUGUAUGUAUGUGUGUGUGUGUGUGUGUGUGUGCGCGCGUGCGCGUGUGUGUGUGUAACAUAAAUGAUACGUGUGUCCUAGAACAACUUUCUGUGGGGUUUUUAAGGUGUGGGAGGUGAUGGAACGCAGCUUCUUUGAUAUGUGUGGGUUGUACACGGUUGUGUCCCUUCCUUGGUGUUUGUACGUCUGUGUGGUGUAUUUUUGCCUAAUCAAUCUGUUAAUGAGUGGAAUAUCUGAACUGUAGGGCUUCCUUUGCAAUAUGCAGCGCAGGUACUAUGAGAAGCAGCUCUCUAAACCUUUCGGGGGGCCAACGCGGCGACCGCAACAUUCGAGUACCGCCGCGCUUCGUGGAGCCCGUUUGGAGAAGUUCUCUCCGGCUUUUUGAAAUUUCAUACGAUUGCUACUAGGUUUCUGAUCCCCGUAGAGUCAGCUGAAGUGAAGUCAAGUGACGAGCAUGUGAGACUUUCCUGUGUUCUGGUUUCUCCUCGGUGGAAAAAAAAAAGAAAAAAAGAAAAGAAAAAAAAUACAUAAAUAUAAUAAUGUCGAGGAAGCGGGAGACGAGUCCUCAGUAAAAGUAGCACACUAUCCAACAUUUGAUUAGGCCCGUCUCCUUUCGGUGUGCACAUAUACGCCCGGAUUGUUCCCCGUUUUGUAGCCGUUGUUGUGGCGAUAUUGCUGCGUUCUAGUGCUCUACUUGUCUCCACACAGCACGCGGAGGGUUAUCUCAUGCCUUAACAGACAAUGCACUAAACGGAAACACGUUAGCAACUGCCAAGAUCUCUUUGCAACAGUAGUACUGCCACACGUACGGCUCGCGGUGUCGGUGUCGUUGUCUGUUCGGUACCAAGUUAAACACUGCCAAACCAACAUCAGCACUUCUUUGACAGCGAGAGGCAGAGGCAUGAGUUGAAUUGAAUUGUUUCAGUGUAAUGUGUGUAUUCAGUGAUCUAGCAUUCCUUCACGGCACCUAAAUUUUUACAUAUUUUGUGUAAACACAUAUAUCAAAUGCACUAUUGACUGUAGCUAGAUGAGUACAACCAGCUUUGUGGUAUCAUUGGUCUAAAUAGUAGGUUAAGUAGCUAGAUGUUGGUUUUGUUGAACUAUUUGAUUUCAGAAUUACACUAUCAAUCGUUUCUCUAUCUUCUGUUUUUUUUAUUUUUCCUUCUUUUUGGAAUAACAAAGGUAGCCGAUCUCCACGUUAUCCGGAUGAGGGCUAAUAACUCGUCCAAUCGUCAGUUGACUUCUUGUAUCAUAAGGUGUUUGAGAGCAGACCCGGGCUUGGGAGGGGAGGAACCCUUCUCUCCAGUGUGUCAUAACGUGCUUUAGCGUACCCCCCCCCCCUUGUUGCAUUAGCAUCACAUGCUCUUCACUGUCCAUAGUUAUAUAUUCCUUAUACGGCUUCAGCUACUCGUGGUGGUGCUUAAUUCUCUUUUCUCGGUGUUGCAGAAAAAGUUGGUGAAAAAUUGCAACAUUAUCCAUGAAAAUAAGUCCUUAUCUCAAUCGUGCUUCUUCUAGUUGUUAGUUUGAAAAAAAAAAAAAGUUGAGACUUUAUGUUUGCAAAGUGUUUGCAUAUUUUCCAGAACAAAACAUAUUGAAAAGUAGAUAAUAGCCUUGAGCCUGCAGCUGUUUGUAUUGUGUUUCAAAUAUAUUACUGUUCAUGUUUUGUUUAUCUAGAGUAGAGACACAGGGUCUACAGUACAUCGUUGUCCUUCUUGCAGUAUGUUUAAUUCAUCGUUAUACUUCUUAAUUUCAGACUUCCUUCUGCUUUUUUUUUUUUUUUUUACGGUGAUCAUAGUGACGUUGUUUAUACAUACAUAGCUUCACGCUACUGGAUAAAGGAUAACAGUUAAUGAGUCUUGUUUCACAGUAUACUAUAAACGCUUAUAUGCUUCGCAUUGAGAUGAAAUCAAGGAAACGGAAGAUAGUAAUGGUGAGGGUCACGUUGAGUAAGGAACAGGUGUAUUUUAUUUUGAUAAGCAUGCGUCUGUCUUCCUGUUUGUCUUUCAGUCGGUCGCCACACAUUUUUAAGUCAGAUCCUUUUAUUCAAGCUUGAAUAAAGUCACAAAGUUAAGAGUAGAAUACAGAAAACGCAUGAGUACAUCCAGAAAACUGCAUUUUAGUCUUUUGGGCCUUCUACAGUACACAUAAGAGUGAAAUAGAUAACUUCCUACAAAUGUACUAUAUAUAUUUAAGUAUCACCGUCUCCACACAGAUGAAGAAUGCAUUCUCAGAUAGUUUGAUAAAGACAUAACUGCAGCCAGAGUAUACAGUACCUUGUGGGAUAUAGGGGAUAUGCCUAUCAAGUGCCUAUCAGUACAUACAGCAACUAUACAGAAUAUUCAUAGUCUCUCUCUCCUACAUUGCACAGAUACAGUAUAUACACAAUGGUCUAUUGAAAUAAAUACUAUUUAUACUAUUACUGCUCAGACCUGGUGGUUGUGUGUACAUCCUAAGAUUACCCUUUAAAAUACCUGAAAUGCUCUAUUCAUAUACAGUAAAAGCUACAUCUGCAGGUUUUAUUUUCAUCUUACAUUUAUACAGCUUGGAGGAUUCAAAGAUAUAAAAAUCCAAUCACUCUUUCACGUUUUUGAAUGAAACAAUCAAGUAGGUUUAGAGGGUUCGGAUGGUUCUGGAGACCUUUUCAUUUCCACGUUGCUCUCUCGCUCUCUCGUUGCUGUUUGGCGGGUUACACACGUUCCACCUUUAGUCUCGGCCUUUGCCCCUGACAAAACGAGCCAUAUACAGUAAGUGCUGUAUGUUUGCGGUGGCGGGGUGGGGGGGGGGGGGGGGGCAGUGGCGCCUCGCGCUUGGCAGAGGGCGCCACGCGUUGACUGCAAGGGGUAAAACCUUGCCACAUUGUUCAGAUUCUGACACGCGUCCUGCAGCUCUGCAGCAGAGACACUGGACGUGUGGGAUGUGGAGUCAAUGGCAAAAAAAAAAAUUCCCCCACAACCGUCAACUCAAGUUGAAUCCGUCAGCGGCCAUGUUGUUUGUUUGCAGCUUGAGAUUGUGAAGGGAAAGCAACGAGCACGUAAAAAGCAUAAAUGGAGUUUCAGGACCGAGUGGCUGUGAGAUGAAAGGUGUUGGGAGGGCUUAUUAUUCGGUCCCCUGUGGACUAAUUAAAUUUCUCUGUAACCUUCUCCAGCCUAGUUACUGUGCCAGAUUCAGAAGGGGAAAAAAAACACUUAAAUUAGAUGUGAGAUUGAACACACAAAUUGAAAAUUGUUUAAAAAAAAGAAAAAGAAAUUCAGUAUUACAAAAAUGCCAAAAGCAAGUGAUGUCUAUAUAUUUUGAAUCUUUAAAUCCUCCAUAAUGCAUAAUUCUCAAGUAAAUGGGAGAAAACGCCUACGAUGAAAAUGCACAUUUAAUGCAGUUAUCACUCCACCCCCCAUGAGGCUUUUAGGAGACAGCAUCAGGUAACAAGCGUCCAUCAGUCCAAAUGAAGCAUGCAGUCCUGUCUACACAGCUUUUUGUCCUGGAGAACUUUGUUUUUCAUGGAACACAAGCUAUAUUUUGAAUGUCCCUCGAUAACAGGCUUUCUGUAUCUUUAAAAAAAAAAAUGAAAAUGUGUUCACAAAGCUGAGGAGACUAAGGCACGAUUCAGCCUCAGAAGACUAAACAUUCAGCCUCUUUGUGUUCGCUGCGGCGUUUUUUUUUUUUUUUUCAUUCUUGGCUCGGUCCCGGCUCGACGAGACGGCUCGUUUUUCAAAGUGCGUCAAACUAAAAACAUGCAUUCCUGUUCACGUCCAGCGCAUUCCAACACCUAGUCUGGCAUUCGUUUUCCACACUUAACUCACCUAACAUUAAGGCGGAUUUCCAGCACUUAUGCGAUGUGUGUGUGUUUUUUUAACACAUCUGUUGAGUAUUUGGUCAUGAGGUAGCAAACAUUGCCCAUUACAUCAAAGUUUAGUAUAAUGUACUUUUCCCUCGAGUUGUUUAAUCUACUCUCGCUGCAAAUUGAACACAAAUGUCGUAUUCUUUGAGCACAGCUGAAGCCUGUGUGGUCUGUAGACAGCAUGCACUAUCACACAAACGACCCGACAAAGACAUCGGUGGCUGCUCUCGGCCCGGCCCACGUGAUGCACAUGUCAUGGUGGACAUGGUUGCUAGGCAACCUUUAGCCCUGCAGUGCACCUAGAGGAGGCUGGGGGUCGGUGACGCGGGGGGCCACCCUAAUCAUCACAAAGUCAAAUGAAAAAGAAAACUGUACUAGACAAUGUUUGUUUUCAUAAACCAAAGAAGGGUUAAGAGAAUUUAAGUUUGAUGGAGAAAGUAACAUUUAUUUUCUGUGUGUGUGUGUGUGUGUGUGUGUGUGCGUGUGCGUGUGCAGGCGUGUGGUUCCUUAGCGAUCGGGUUAGUUUGCUACAGUUUUUUUUUUUUUUUUUUUUUUGUUUCUCAUUGCCGGGUGCUUGUGAAAAUGCAUCGUUUUGUUUUUGUCAAUUAAUCAAUUGUUCAUAGUUUUGUGUUUGUGUUUAUUUGCCUGUUGCAGACCAAAAUAGACUCUUUUUCUUUUUGUUUCUAAUAAGAAAUGCAACAAAACCUAAAAAUGAGAAAUGCAACAAAACCUAAAAAUGAAUCUGACACAGUACCUGUGAUGUAAACUACUGCAUGUUAAACAUGUUUAUAAGUGUUGCAUCCUUCCUCUGACAAAACAUACUAAUCAUUGGUUACGUCUUCUAUCCACACAUUUAGCGUAGACCUGUUCGCCUUCACAUUGGAUUUUUAUCUAAAGCGUUUUUUGAUCGCAGUUUUCUUCAAAUAUUGGCACGGUCUAAUAUUUCGAGGCUGUCCCUUAAAUACUAAUCUGACAUUGUGACUUUGAGUACAUUUAGCCAUUUAUACUUGAGAUGGACCAAGUUGUUAAGUUUGCACAUGUUUGUAGCUUGUUUAUUAAGCCAAAAAAAACAAAAAAACAAAGAAAGAAAGAAAGGACGGAGAAAAAUGACACCUUCAGUCUCAGCAAUUCAAGUCAAACCCAGCUGAGGUGUUCAUGGUCUGCAAUCAAAUAUUACAGUAAAAAAAUCACUACAUAAUAAAGAAUCAAUUGAAAACCAAACUAACGCGCAUUUUAAAAUCACAACGUGGUCCAAAUAUUUAUGAAAAGUGAUUACAUAUAUUUUUGUAAGGACAUCACCUGCGAGCGGAAUGUAAACCAUUUGGCUAAAUUUGACGAUAUUUUAUUACUGUAAGGUCUAAUUCAAGGUGAACCUGCUGUAUAUUUUUCAUCUUGUGUGUGUCCAAAAUAGGAAACUUAAUUACUGUAAUUCUGGCGAUGUUUUGUACCGGUGUCAGAGACAGAACUUCUCAAACAUUGGCAUUAAAAAUCAUCGAUGAGAUGCGCCCUAAUAAACGCAGCUUAGGUUUGUUCCUUCAUCCGGCUUUCAGGCUUUUUGCUGCCAUAUCUUUUACGUAGAUGCUUUCUGUAAACAUGCACUUGAGUUGAACUAUAAAGAUGUGCUUAUAAAUAUGUGUAUAUUUUGUUAGGCUUUCUUUUUGCCUAAGUUAGCUUGAUAUUUUAUCAUUUCCCUUAAACCAUACUUCUCCUGUAUAGUUAUGAACUUGGCAGAAGUGGAGCUGUUGUAGUAAAGGUAGUUAACAUCACAACUAAGCAAACCCUGAAAUAUAUGCUGCAGUAAUGUGUUUUCUGUUUGUUUUUGAUAAUUUAUGCUCCAAGUCGGUUUGUAUUUUAUUAUUAUUGUUAUGAAACAACCUUGUUUGAAAUGUAUUGACUGCUGUUUUGAAAGAGGGGAUAAAGUCUGUAUGUUUUUUAAUGUACGUGCAAGGACGUUUUUUAUAAUAUGAUUUGUCAAACACUGGACUGGAGUGAGUUUCCCAACGUUCCCAAGUUGAGAGAGAUGCAUUUGACAGACACAAACUGCACAGACGACACCCGCUAGCACAGAUGUGAGCUGACAUCCUGGCGCCGGGUGACUUAACAUGGCCACCGCCGCCCCCUUCCCCCCCCCCCGUUCAAAAUACGAGUCAUUCGGAUGUACCAAGUUACGCCAUUCGCAUUUGGGCUACUUAAUCGCAUUGUUUGGGUGACGGGUUAUUACACAUAAUAGGAAAUAUUCAUCGGCGCUUUCCUUCCAAAUUGCUGCACGGCACCUACUGCUGACAGGUUUUUUUUGUUUCCCCAUCUGAAAGUGCGUUUUGUUUUUAAAUAAUCAGAAAGAAAAAAAAAUCACAAAAGGGAUUCCACUUGAGAGCUAUGGAGUAAUCCGAACGAGCUGGCGUGUUCUCGCUGUGGUUCGAGCAGAUAUGACGGACGAGUGUCAUCAACCCAAACGCCACUUCUCAACCCAGAAAAGAAAUUUUGCACUAGACUUGUUUAGGUCUUCUUCAAUCUAAAGCAAUAUAAAUCACUCAACGCAUUGCACUACAUGAACCGUAGUUGUCUCCCAUGCUGAGUAAAUGAUGAUAUUGGAAAAGUUUUGAUUUGGGUUUUUUUUGUAUUUUUUUUUUGUAUUGAAAGGUACAGGAAUCAGUCGCUUUUCUUAAAAUGCACAUCCACAUGUUGUUGUCGGCAGAAGGUUUAUUUAUUUUUUUCUUCUCCUUCUUCUCCUCCUCCCCGAGUAUUUGGUGUCCAAAUUUGAGCGGCAUUAAAAACUUGUUGUUUCCUCCUGUGAUUGUUUUGGACAAAUCCAGCAACUUUGAAAGUCAGAGGCGGCAUGUUUUCGGAGGGAAGGAAUCGUCUUCCACGUGUGUCGAAUGUCUUCACACCGCGUUUGAAGAUGAUGAACAAAAGUACCAAAAGUCAAACGCAGCUGCCCACUGUCGUGCACGCCGUCCUUCUUUUAGAAAGCACCCGUCUUCUCUGCAUAUUUGGUCACUUUGAGUGCUUUUUCUUUUUCUUUUUUUUUUUAAAUCACAGAGAAAUGCUUUAAAGUGAAACAAUAACAGAAGCAAAACAUCCAAAUGCACCUUUUUCGUCGUACAAACACAGCGUCACUCGCUCCCGUCUGUAGAGUCUGCGUCCGGGCAAAAAAAACGCCUCAUGCAACAUCCUUCUUUCGGCGAAGGUCAUUCACAGCAGCAGUAACUAUUGACCUUAGCGUCACUAUAUUGUGUUGAUGGGUAUGUGUACAUUUUUGAAUAAUCCACAAACAGCAAAACGUCACCAUUUUCUCUGGAUGUAGUAGCUUUCCCGUUUUCACCCGCUUUGUGGCGUUGUCGAAAAGAUGUUGCGGUUUGUCUAAAUAUGUUGCGUGUUAGAGGAAGCAUAAGUAUGUGCCUUCUUGUAAUCUCCUUGGUGAGCUCGUUAUUAUUGAGAAGCUGAAGCCAGCCAAUUGUGUUUGCACUAAAACCAAAUUGCUUUUGUGAUGUAGACUAUUUAAGCAAGCUUGUUGCGUCACUUUAACCGUACAGUAUGCAUGAGGGUGAACUUGGUAAGUCUAGGGCUAGGGCUCUCAUCUGUUGACCUGUAAACCAGUGCAGCUUAGAGGAUCUUGUGAAUAUAUCUUGGCUUAGUUUCGCAUUCAGUUUUCAAUUCUAUCUCCUUACUCAUCAAGUUUGUCACAGUUUCUACAGCAAACAACAACAACAACAACAAAAAACAAGAAAAAAAAAACACAAAAAAACAGCAAAUAACACAUACCGUGAAAACAAUACAGCUUUUACUUUCACAUGCCACAGUUAGAGAGUUAAAACAACUGCAGCGGAGAUAUUCAUUUCUCUGAGUCCAUGGGAAUGCAUGAGUACACGAGGUCGCCUCAAGACUAUUGGUCAAAAUCAUUUAGGUUGUUUUGGAAAAACUUGUAUUUAUUACAUAUUUUGUCGACAUCUAAGAAAGACCUACUUGCUUUGAGUCUUACAAAUGCACCUUAUUCAUGUCAGUCCAUGUGGGGGGGGGGGGAAAAGGCUGGCAAUGUAAUAUCUCUGAUUUAGCACCUUACUACACAGCAUGUUUUCACUUUAUGCCAGUUUAGCUAUUCUUCCAUAUUUAUGAUUUCCAAAAUAAAUCUCAGACUUUGUGAAAUUGUUUCAUGGGAUGUGCCAAACUUUGGAGGCGAUCUCCCAAGUGUUUAUGCUUAUCAUUUUACUUUCCUCCUCCUUCGGUUAUAGCAAUGGUAUGUCAAAACUUUCCUAUAACAGUGUGUGGAAUCAAUUUAUCUCAGCAAACAGUAUCAUUACUUGCCAUUUUACGAUAAGCCCUGUAUUUCACAUAUAUUUACCAGUGAUGUGUAUUUGUUAUUAUAAAGAAAAUAGCCGUAAAAGCUUCAUUAUGUUACAUGAUAUUGUGACUUUUUUCGAAAAACUGUGAAGACUUAUCUUGCAUAUACUUUAUACAGAAGUAUUAAGCCUUAAUACAAAAGACUAAAAAAAGUGUGGAAGAAUAAACUGAUUGUUGCUAAGUAAGGAUGAUUUUUGUAAAUGUUACCAGCACUUUUUUUGUAAUUUUCACUCUCUGAGGUAUUGUACAAGUUCAAGCUGUUUGUGAAGUUUGAUUAUGAAGGAAUAAAAACUAGUACUUUCCUGUACUUCA